GGAAGGAGAGGAGGAGGAAGGGGAGGAAAGGAAGAGGAGAGGAGAGGAGGGGAGAGGUGUAAACACACUCCAGAUGGGAUCCUGGCAUUAAUGAAAUGGGAGCCAUGAAGUAUGAACUCCACUGACAUCUGCAGGACGAUAGAAUAAGCUCAACUAGCUGCGCAAUCAUGAGCACUCCCCCGACAGGAACUCCAACUAUGGAGGUGAAGGUGGUCUCCCAGGAGAUGGCAUUACUUAGCAACAUACUGGCAGCUUACACCUUCAUUGCAGACCAACCUGAGAGGACUGCCUUGGUGUUUCUGGGCGGUGUCUGUGUCGGCCUCCUUGUCACACUCUGCGCCAUCGUCUUCCAGAUACACUGUCGAGCAGACUGUCACUAUGGCAACAGUAAGCAUCCUCACAGUCGCCACAGGAACAGGCAUCAUCACCGUCGCCAUCACGGCUGUCCCCUCCAUCAGGCCACUGACAGUAAUCCAGACAACACUGCUGUUGUUGCCGCUGGAGGGACGGGGCCCACUGGGGACAGUGAAUCAGAGGACUGGGAUGAUACGUCUGACCUGUCGGCACGGAGACGCAGACGCUUCGAGAGAGCUCUGCUGCACGCCAGCAUGUUCACAUCAGCCGAGGAGCUGGACCGGGCCCAGCGGCUAGAAGAGCGGGAACGGAUUCUCCGAGAGAUCUGGAUGAACGGACAACCAGACAUCAGUACAGUCACUCAAAGUCUCAACAGAUAUUACUGACGCACAGUCAAACAGGCAGAUAGUCAGGAGGACACGGAGCCUGACAGGCGGGCAGACGGAUAAAGGAACAUAAACAAAAGAAAAAACACUGGAUGAAAUGAACAUAAACCAUCAGAUCAGGAGUACUGUCUUCACUGCACCAAAGAGACUCUUACAGAUCAAACUACUAGUGACAGUACUGCCAAGAGCGGCUCCCUCCACUCUGUAAACAACAAGGGAAACAUAUGAGUUGUGAUGGCUCACUCCUCCAAAACAACAAAAUGACACUGAAGUGUUGGGAAGAAGAAUGUCCUCAUGCCCUGAAAAGCCAACAAGUAAAGACACAACGUACCUACAGAGCUCACAAAACUACACAAGGGAUUUUAUAACUUUAAAUAUUUUAACAGGUGCUUUUGAGAAAUGUGGAGGUACAUAAAAAGAAUGGGAGGCAUUAAGGAGGCUGCAGUGCUGCAGCUGUUCAUGAGUGUAUGUAUUCAAAUAUCAGUGAUAUUUUGUUGUUGCACUUUUCUCAGCUCACCAUUCUAUUGGUGCAUACUGGAAUUAAAGACUGAAAUGAGGAGGUACAGAAGCUCAAUGCCAAGAUACAAUUACACAUACUGGUGCUUUUACUGCUGUAACUCUACAUCCCCAGAUGGUGGUUGAUAAAAUAUGUAGGAUGUACGUCUGUUGGUUGCAUCUGUUGGCUGCAGGCUGAGCAGCACAGGUGUUGUUGCACAUGGACACAGGACAGCUGGUCAUCAUGUCUGCAGCCCAGUCGCCAGAGGAAAAUCAUUACAUUGUUCUUUGCUGUAAACCAUGAAUACAUUACAUUUGCGUGUUUCAUACGAAUCACAUCAGUGUUUCUGAAAUGAUGUCAUAUAUCCUCCCGAGACCCUCUGUCCUCACAUUUUGGGUUUACUUGACCCUAUACUUCAUUCUACUUAACUUAGACCUGUUGUCCUUGUUUGUG